CGUUACGAUCAACGACUCCAAACAAAUAAUGGACAGAUCAAAAACAUUGGAGCAAAAAGAGAUCCGCAAAAUACCCAUAAUGGACGAGAUCCGUACAGGGGACAAUAUAAUCCAUAUCACUUCCGGCGUAUGAGCAGACAAGAUUCGAUAGACGACACCGACUUGUAUGAAUACAGCGUAGAAAACCUCGAUUGGGAUAACGAUCUUGUGUCAGAUACUCAUAAAGAGAGGUUAGAAUGGCAAAAUAUGCUGGCAGCUGUGCUGAAGGGUGAAAUAAUAAAAUCCGAAAAACGUCGAUUGGAGAGAGGAAAGCAGAGGGAACAGGUGGCUAACAUGAAUCAGAUAUGGUUGGGUCUACGAUCUAUGACACGCGGUCAUUCAGUUUCUGACGAAAGGGCCUUGAUAGAAGAGCAACGUCAACAAGUAGAUGGUGUAUUACAGGAAGUCAUUAAUUUUGUGCUCAAACCGGAUGACGUUCCUGCCAUAGAUCAAGUUGCUGAGUUAUUGCAAAGAGUGGACAAAUGUGAGAGUUUAUAUCCGUCACGUAAGAUAAUGAUGGAGAGCAAGCCAUUAUACAAAUCGUCCGAAUUAGAAUUUACUCUGGAUGCAUUAAACUCAUGGUUGACAGUGACGCGCAGUCUGCAGACUCAAUUAAAAAUUCUACAAAACUGGACGGGCAGCGAAACUCUAGAAAUUGCUCGUCCUAGCGAUGCUCCUCCAGAUGCGGAGAAUCCAUCAUUCAUAGAAAGAAUAUUAAAAGAGAAUGGUCUUAAAAGAACAUUCGAGAAGAGGACUCUAUCUACUCUUAAUUCUCUGUUAGGGAAGGCUAAAGGAGUAAUGAUAGACAAUGCUGACGCGUUUGCCAAGAUGAAACUGCCUCCAUAUAUCAACGAAUUACAAAAGCUGCUCAAUUUUCCCACGAAAUUGAUGGAAGAAUGCAUGAAGUUACUUUUAGAAUACGCUAAUCGUUUGAGUUCUCCUACUAUAGUCAUGGUUCAACAGACAAUGGAUGAUUUUCGCAUUGCCCUGGAACUAGCCUGUCAGAUCAAACAUCAGUAUCUUGAAUUAAUGACUCCUGCUCCCGGGUGGGAAAUUCCUCCUUGUAUAGACGCGAACUAUAACAAGGUAUUGUUAGACUCAUUAAAGUUCUACUUUAAACUAUUACAAUGGAAAUUGAAGAAUGGGAUAAAAACUGUAACAGUCAAAGAAGCAGAAAUGUUGGAUAAUGAAUGGCAUUUUCUCAAUCGAAUAUGUCGACGCAUUGAGGGUGGGGAGUCCACGGUUGCCGUACAAUUCUGUAUGUUAAAUAAUAAAUUACUUCAGAGCAUCAUAUCGUCCUUGGAAUCUCAACUCAAGCUACCAGAGAGCUUUGACAAUGCUGACAAGGCGAAGUGGUAUAACAAGUGCCUGGAAAACAUACGGUUAAGAACGCGAAAACUAUUACGCUUUACUAGAUACUUGAUUGAACAACUAGAAAACGCUUCAGAAUACUACAUCGAAGACGAACGCUACCCUGCAUUUAUUGAAGCUCUCAGACAAUCAAACCACGUGCUUAUUGCUUCGGAGAACACAGAAAGCAGUGAAUAUACCAUCGUAGCCACGCCGUCACUUGCCGAGCAACCAGAAAGGAUAAUGCAAAUGUUGGGAUCAAUCUUUACUCAGCCAGAGAAACUGGUAAAUCAUGACAGACAGAACGUUCACGAUAGGGGGAAUGCUUUCAACGACGAAAAUGAGCCAGAUGAAUACGAAUACGUUCUUGUUCUCUCUCCGCCAAUGGCCUUUGAAUGGACAGGUCAAUUCAUACAAACUUCGCUGGGCAAUCUAGAUUUCCCUGAUUUUAAGAAGUAUCGAACACGGCUAGUCGCAGAUGGUGCAGCGGGCAGGUUACAGAGUUGUAAGAAAAAAUUCAGUGGAUGCGUUGAUGGGCUAGACAUGAAAUGUAUUUUGGAGACAAGGGCCAACGUAUUUACUGUAAAUAGAGAACUAACGAAAGUUAAAAGGACAGUAUUUAAGUUCGUCAAUAUCCUUAUCGACAGCGUGGGUAGCAUUCGAAAGAGUAUCGAAGGAAUACAAGAUCAAGAAUUGAUUGAGAAUUGCUUCGGGUUUGCCACAGAGGUAGGAUUGAAAUCUCUCAGAUACAUGCAUCGAGAUCAAGUGCGAGCCGAUCUAAACGAAAAACUGACCAAAUUGGCAAUCGAAUGGGUUAGUUUUAUAUGCGAUGAUUGUAUACCGACAGAUCGUAAGACAUAUCGAUGGGCAGUAAUGGCAUUAGAAUUUGCUAUGACUACUAACAGAGGAAAUAAUAUUCUGGGAUUAUCAGAGGAGGAGUUUGAGAAAUUAAAGGAAAAAGUUUCGUUGUGUAUGAGAUUGUUGGUUCAACAUGUGGAUAUCGGCGGUGCUAAAUCGUCGCGGGAAGCACAGGAGAGAGAGCUAGUAGAGGCAGCUGGAGCGUUAGCAAACAGCAAAAAGAAGAACAUUCUUGGUACUUCUUGCAAUAAGGCAACCGAUUCGCUGACACUCAGACAAGAGAUGAUGAAUGCAUUACGUGAACUAGAAGCAAAGAGGUUGCAGUCGCAAAUAGAGAAUCGAUUGAUAGGAAAAGUUCUAGAUGAUAAUCAGCCUGAGUAUAGACCGCUGGUAUUUCUUGCGUCGUCAAGUUCCAAUAUAUCACUUAGAUGGCAGCAAGGAAAGUUUCUUGGUGCUGGUACAUUCGGAUCCGUAUAUUCGGCUGUGAAUCUUGACUCGGGAGAGUUGAUGGCCGUCAAGGAGAUAAGAUUUCCCGACCCGUCAUCUCUAACGACAUUGUACAAGUCUGUUAAGGAGGAAAUGUCAGUUAUGGAAAAGCUCAAUCAUCCCAAUAUUGUAUCAUAUUAUGGAAUUGAAGUACAUCGUGAUAAGGUGUAUAUAUUUAUGGAAUAUUGUCAAGGCGGAUCUCUUAGCAGUCUGCUAGAACAUGGACGUAUUGAAAAUGAGACCGUGAUACAAUGCUAUACAUAUCAAAUGCUAAAGGGGAUAUCAUAUUUACAUGACAGUGAUGUUAUACAUCGAGAUGUUAAGCCAGAUAAUAUCCUCCUUGAUCAUGCGGGUGUUAUUAAAUUUGUGGAUUUUGGAGCUGCCAAGAUACUCGCCAAGAAUCAGAAGACAAUGGGUAGGACGACCGUGGGAGUACGUACUGGUGCAAAUAGCCUAACGGGAACGCCGAUGUAUAUGGCACCAGAAAUUAUUACUGGGGGAGAGAAAGGUCGGAAAGGUUCCAUGGACAUUUGGUCUCUGGGUUGCUGUGUGUUGGAAAUGGCAACUGGACGUCGACCAUGGCAUAAUCUCGACAAUGAUUGGGCAGUGAUGUAUCACGUGGUCACGGGACAUCCUCCUCUUCCAGAUCCAUCUCAACUAUCUGAACAGGGGAUGGACUUUCUCAAACAGUGCUUCAUUCAGUCGGCAGUCACCCGCCCGACUGCAAAAGAGCUUCUCCAACACCCAUGGAUAAGAGAGUUUUCUGACAUAUACGAACCUAUAAAUGAAACUAACAGUUACAAUACUAGUUCAACCGAAGGCUUA